GUCUCAACCAAGCCAAAUCACAUUCAAAAUGGCCAAAGCAAAAGGACGCGCAAAAGCAUUCCAAGAUCCGGAUGAGGAAUUGGUCAAAGACUACGACCCCGAAGCCAAUGGGAACAACGACAAUGACAAUGGAAGUGGCAGUGAGGAUGAGCGCGCUGGCACAGAACAUUAUGUGACUGUUGGACACAGCAAGCUUAGAGAGAAAGAGGGUCUUUCUUUAGGAAAGCAAUACCGCGGAUCUCGGGUUUCGCGCCAUGCCCUAGAACAGAGCAGCGAUGAUGAAGACGAGGAUGAGGAAGAAGAGGAGGAUGAUGACGACGACGAUGCUGAAUACGAUGAUCCCGAGACUGCCAACUUAGAAGCUGAUACUGCGGAAGCUAGCGACUCGGAAAUCAGCAGUGACAACGCUCUGGCAGAGUCUGACGAUGAGCGAUUGGACGCUUUUGUAUUCCGGGGUAGCUCAAAGCCCAAGAAGUCAAAGAGCAAGCGAGCCACCGCGGCGGAUUUUAUGUCUGAAUCUGAGGAAGAGGAAGAUUCCGACAAGGCAGAAAAUGAGGAAGACGAAGAUGGAGACUCUGACGAGGAUAUGGAGGAUGGCCUUGAUGCACUGCUGAAUGGUGGAGCGUCCGAUGAGGAUGAGGAUGAGGAAGAGGAUGAAGAUGAAGAUGGAGAGAGUGGCGAAGAAGAAGAUGGGGAAGAAGAUGAGGAAGGCGAAGACGAAGACGAAGAAUCAGGCAAACAACCUGCAAAGCCUUCCCUGGACGUUCCAUCAAACCAGACUGAGGUACAAAAGGGAAUUGCUAUUCAACAACAGAGGAAAAUCUACGAUGGGCUGCUAAACAUGCGCAUCCGACUCCAAAAAGCAAUUGUUGCCGCGAACACAUUCACUACUUUGGACUCAGACUCAAAUUCCGAGACGGAGGCUUACGAGGCUGCUGAGGAAGCCGCUAUUAAGCUGCUAAACACCAUCAGCGACCUCCGAGAGAAUCUGGCCCCACCAACUGCUGCGGGCAGCAAACGCAAGCGAGCAUUGGAAAUUGAUUUCUCGAACCAACAAAUUUGGGAGCAGAUUCAACAGGACGAUCAAAGAUCCAUAAAAUUCCGGGAAGACAGAUUAGACAAGUGGUCUCGCAAGGUGCAAAGCGUUACCGUGGCUGCACCAGCAAGUAGACUAGGUGCAAAACCCAAGACGCUUAUCAGUGCUCUGCAAGACCAGCUAGCCAAUCCUGACGGCCGACUUGUCAAGCGCACGCGAGUGCCCCGAUCCUGUGCACCGGCUCAAGCUUCCAAGAAGAUUACCGAGAGUGAAGAUAUCUACGACGAUGCCGACUUUUACCAGCUCUUGUUGAAAGAGCUUGUGGAUCAACGCACCGUAGAAUCGGCAGCAGAGCAGUCAAGCGCUGUGGCCUCUGUUAUGCUCACCGCCAACAAGGAGGCUAAGACUCGAAAAGUUGUGGACAGAAAAGCAAGCAAAGGACGAAAGUUGCGAUUCACAGUGCACGAGAAGUUACAGAACUUCAUGGCUCCUGAGGACAGGAGAGCAUGGGAACAGGGUGCAAUUGACCGCUUCUUUGGCACCUUGUUCGGCCAAAAGAUGGAGUUGAACGAGGAGGAAAGUGAGGAUGAUGAGAUGGAGGCUCUGUAUAAACAAGAUGAAGGACUUCGGUUGUUUAGAUAAGACAAGGGAGCCGAAGAGGAUUAUGGUUCUUUUCCUUUGUCCAUUCUUAUAGGGUGAGACUUGAUAGACGGCUAAAAGAGAUAUCGGCCAAAUUGGAUAACAAAUACACUGUGAAUAAUUUCCUU